GGCGAGGAGAUCACCACAACACAGGAAUCCAUUGAAGACUUUGGAUGUGCGGGGGAUGACCAUUCGCUGUGGGUUAGUGCAGUGCACAAUGGCACACGUGUGCUCUAUCUAAUGGACCACUUAGGAGGAGAGGCUCAGGUGCGCAAGCAUGCCACGUCGUCGCCUGUGAGUGCCAACGCCGACGGCACAUUCGCGUACGCUACACAGAGCACCACAGACUAUCCAUCAGUGUAUGUGGGAGGCACACUCGUCCCAGUAGACACGCACAAGGCCUUUGACACGUACCAGGUGCAGGUGGGUUGCAUUGGCUGA